UGCGCCCGGCGGCCCGAUGGUGCUGACGGCGCGGCGCGAUGAGCCGCCCAUCCUCCGCCGGCCCCGGCUCUAGCAAGCCCUGCGGCAAGCAGCAGCACGUCCCGGCCCCUGCCGUGCCCGCCGCCGUCCUCCCGGGUCCUGGCGGGACUUCUCCGCCUCCCCCCCCGCCGCCGCCGCCGCCACCGCCGCCGCAGCAGCAGCAGCAUCACGAACUGACCUCGCUCUUCGAGUGCCCGGUCUGCUUCGACUAUGUGCUGCCGCCCAUCCUGCAGUGUCAGUCCGGGCACCUGGUCUGCAAUCAAUGCCGGCAGAAGCUGAGCCUCUGCCCCACUUGCCGGGGCUCCCUCACCCCCAGCAUCAGGAAUCUGGCCAUGGAGAAGGUGGCCUCGGCCGUGCUCUUCCCCUGCAAGUACGCCACGACAGGCUGCUCCCUGACACUGCACCACACAGAAAAGCCAGAGCACGAAGACAUCUGCGAGUAUCGGCCCUACUCCUGCCCCUGCCCCGGUGCCUCCUGCAAAUGGCAGGGAUCCCUGGAAGCCGUGAUGUCCCACCUCAUGCACGCCCACAAAAGCAUCACCACCCUCCAGGGAGAGGACAUCGUUUUUCUCGCCACAGACAUUAACCUUCCGGGGGCGGUCGACUGGGUUAUGAUGCAGUCGUGCUUCGGUCACCACUUCAUGCUGGUGCUGGAGAAGCAGGAGAAGUAUGAAGGCUACCAGCAGUUCUUUGCCAUCGUGCUGCUCAUCGGCACCCGCAAGCAAGCGGAGAACUUUGUGUACAGGCUGGAGCUGAACGGCAACCGCCGGCGGCUGACGUGGGAGGCGACGCCGCGCUCCAUCCACGACGGCGUGUCAGCCGCCAUCCACAACAGCGACUGCCUGGCGUUCGACACGGCCAUCGCUCACCUCUUUGCCGACAACGGGAACCUCGGCAUCAACGUGACGAUCUCCACGUGCUGCCCGUGAGCUGCCGCACCGGGGCCGUGCCUGGCGCUCACCGCGGGGCUGCCGUCUGCUCCGUCCGAGUCCCAGCGAUGCUCAGCUCUGCCAUCGCCUGCGCUACGGUUCCGAACGAGCCAACGUGUGUACCUUCAGAGAGAGGAGGAACGAGAGUGUCCUGUGAGUAAGACGAGUGGGAAAAGGUCUUUUUAAAUCCCUGGGUGCCUUAGGAAGAUUCCCCAGACACAGUCACCUUUUUAAUUUAAUUGCAUUUCACUGAAAGAGUGCUUCCAUGAGACACGUGGCUUUAGAGACUGCAUGCCGGUUGUGAGCACAGCCGGCCGCCCUUUCAGCCAGAACAGAGCCGCUUUCUCACCAGUGAGCUUUAAUAAGUUGUUAGUAGGUGAGAAAGGAAAGAAAUGCAAGCAGCCUCUCACCAGAGAGGUUGUGGCUCAGAGGGGAACAGUAGGUGCUUUAGUGUUGGCACUCCAUUUCCCGCUGCCUUGUGAAGAAGGGCUGGGUACGAGAUCAUUUGCUGUGUUUUUAAAGAGAGAAGGCAGGGAGGGGCUGGGGUAAGGCAGGGCAGGUUUCAGGGCGAGGGAACUGCCAGCUCCCCUGUCAGGGGCCGGGGACCUGGGACAGAGCGCAGGCCGUCUGGGUGGAGGCAGGAAGGAGGCUCCUCUGCCUCGUGUCCAACAGCUACAGCUGGAUAGGAAACGAGCUGCCCACACACAGCCUCCCGCAGAGGCACUCGCGCCUGUUGGUCAUUGUGAAAGACUAAUCAUACAGCAAGAGCUUUAUGGACUGUGUCGCAUCGUUUGCUAUUUAAGUUUUGUUGCUAUAUGUACUUUUAUUUUGUAAUAAAUAUUUUGCCAGAA